AUGCCGAUUUUCGAAACUUCGUCCGGCUGAUGAAUCCGUUCACAGUCCGGGGUGACGUGGUCGACGCGUGGAUGGAGCUGGCAGUAGUGAUCCUGUUCAUGGAUGGGGCCCGAGGGGCGGCUACGUUUACCAAAAGGUAAGCUGUCGGUGUCCUGCUCAAUUGAACAUAUAUCUCUUCGAAACUGACAUGUCACGAUCUGUCUUCGUUCAGGCCUACCUCGAGUUCUUCGCCUCGUCGGCACACCUCGACGAUCUUCUCAAGGUGUUGCAACGUUACCCUUCGAUGACGUACCACGCCGUGAACAAGGCCGGUGAUCUGCAGACCAACGCGGCACCUGGACCCAACGCCGUCACUUGGGGUGUCUUCCCCAGCGCCGAGGUGAUUCAACCGACCGUCGUGGACGGCACGGCCUUUCUGGCCUGGAAGGACGAGGCGUUCGAGCUGGGUACUUUGUGGGCCGAGCUCUACUCCAAGACGCGCCAGGAAUCGGCCAAGGUCAUCUCGGAGAUCUUUGACACGUUCUACCUUGUCAACUUGGUCCAAAACGAUUACCGCGACGAGGACGAACUCGCCAUCUUCAAGCCAUUCUUCGAGGUUAUUGAUGGCACCAAGACGGCCACCGCGAACGGCGUCAACGGAUCGCACUAG